UUCGAAUCUCAGCAACUUUUGAGUUUAACAUUUAUUUAGUUUUUUUUUUUUUUUGAACGUAUUAUUGAACACGGGUAUCCCAAUACCCACAAACAAAAUUCCUAGGUUUGGUCUUGGAGAAUUUGUGAGGUGUCACCAUGAACAAGCUCAGGGCCGAUGCUUUUCUUAGACUGUGCAACAAGUUGGGGCUAGUCAGUCCUCGUCUUCUGUCAGGAUCGGUGAAUAAGGGUGAUGCCACCAAAAAAGACUCAACCAAAAAGGCUAAGACAGAUGUUUGUGGAAGAGCUACCGAGCCGACGGGACCUCGCUGCAAAAAGGAGGGUGAUGGGAAUGACGGCAAGUCGUCUGUCUCGAAAAAGAAAAAGAUACAAAAGAGUUCCACCGACAAGUGCGGAAGAAGCCCUGAACCCACGGGACCCAAAUGCGAGUAAUACCCUCAAAUGUGAAUUCAAAAAACGAAGGA